UGCGGCUCAGCUGGUGCCGGGGCUUGUCCCUUCUCCCCGGCGGUGAAGCCCGCAUCCUGGGUCCGGCCGGGGGCAGAUGUGCCCUGCAGCCGCCACCAGCCUCCUCUGCGGCGUGCCCCGCUGUACCCUGAGCGCGUCCUGUAGCUAAGUGGCCAGUCAGGGUCCCAUAUCACUACUUGCAGGAGCUGAAGGUGUUGCUUUGAAAUCCUGGCUGCAUUUCAUUUCAGGAUCCAGCCUUGCUGGAGCACCCACUGCAAUACCACACUUCCUUCCUGUCUGCAACACAGCUGGCAGUUGCACGGGGCUGCAAGGCAUUGGGUGACUCUGCUACAUUGGCCACCAGGAAGUAGGAGCAACAUGCCCCUUUUGCAGCGAGUCUGGGCUGAGGGGAGCCAGGCUGGCUGUCAGAACAGUUUCCGUGUGGAGAACCAGGUGGUGUGGCUGAGCUGGGGAUGAAGGCAGAAGCCUGACGCCUAGCAUCAUAGACAGCUUUACACCCACGGGCUCAGGCUGGGUCCCACUGACUGCAGCAGGAGAAUCAUUGGCGAGAGGAAGCCCCUAGCCAUGGGCAGCCACGAGAGGGACCCAGCCUCCCCCAAGAGGGCACCAGCCCCAUCCAGGUCCAACAGCACCGUGUCUUCUAAGCAUGGCAGCGUUCACCAGGGCUCAGAGAGCUGGGAGAUGGUGGACGAGCCACGGGGCAGAAGCGGGCCAGGGCAGGAGCUGGAGAGGCAGGAAGGCUACAUGCUGAAGAAGAGGAAGUGGCCUCUGAAGGGUUGGCACAAGAGGUACUUUGUGCUGGAGGAGGGGAUCCUGAAGUAUGCCACCACAUGCCAGGAUGUCCUCAAGGGAAAGCUGCAUGGUUCUAUCGAUGUCCGUCUGUCUGUCAUGUCUGUCAACAAGAAGGCGCAGCGUGUGGACCUGGAUACAGAGGAGAACAUCUACCACCUCAAGAUCAAGUCCCAGGAGCUCUUUAACAGCUGGGUGGCCAAGCUCUGCUCUCAUCGCCUGGCUGAGAAGCCAGAGGUGCCCAACUAUUCUGCCCCCAAAGUGAGGCUCCCAUCAUCCCCCUCACAGGGCUGUGGCUCCCGGGCCUGGGUCCUGCCAUCAGGCAGCACCCCAGCCCUGUCCACCCUGACCAGCCCCAGGGACAAGGUGAGCACCUGGCUGAAGAACAGUGAAUGCCUGGAGCGCUGCUCAGCAGAGCUCUCUGAGUGCCAGGGGAAGCUGCAGGAGCUGAACAAGAUGCUCCAGAGCCUGGAGACAUUGCAUCGCAUCCCGUCUGCGCCUCUUAUCUCCAACAGCCAGGGCUCAGUUGGUACAGAGAGGCCCAAGAAAGGAAAACGCACCACCAAGAUCUGGUGCACCCAGAGCUUUGCCAAAGAUGACACCAUUGGCAGGGUGGGCCGCCUGCACGGCUCUGUUCCCAACCUCUCGCGGUACCUGGAGCCAUCUCAGAGCCAGCCAGCCUUCAGCCUCCCAGCAGAGUACAACCAGCUGCAGAGGAACUUCUGGGUCCUGGCCCAGAAAGUGCAUGGGUCCCUCAGCAGCGUGGUGGCUGUGCUGACCACAGAGAGGGAUCGCCUCCGGGAGAUGCAGCGGGCACUGGACCUGCAACGCUCUGCCACACGCCUGGGCAGCGCCAGGAACUCUACCACACCUGGGAGCCUGGAUCACCAGGAGUGCCUGCGGCGAUUCCACUCCCUUUCUCUCUCCUCUGAUGCCACCCUGGACUCCUUCACCUCACUUACCCCAGCUGAGCCAGACACCCUGCUGGUGAAGGGACGGGAGCAGCAGCUGUCCAACCGCAGCAUUGUCUCGCUGUCCGACUCGCACACAGAGUUCUUCGAUGCCUGCGAGGUCUUCCUGUCUGCCAGCUCCUCUGAGAAUGAGGCAUCAGAUGAUGAGUCUUGCCUCAGUGAAGCUACCAAUAGCAUCUCUGAAGACACGGUGGAUGCAGGGGGGGCUGGGCGCUUCCAUAAAGCAGGGCUGGUUGCUGUGGAUGUGCCAGGCACGUCUGAGCCAGGUGGGGGGCCACUGGCAUGCCAGCUCCUCUCCCUCCCUAUGCUGGCAUCUACGGGGGUCCCAUGUCGAAGCUGCUUGCCAGCCCCCAACGUCCACUCAGGUGACGUCAGCCUGUGGAAUAUCCUGCGCAACAACAUCGGCAAGGACCUGUCCAAGGUGUCAAUGCCGGUGCAGCUCAACGAGCCCCUCAACACCCUGCAGCGCCUCUGUGAGGAGCUUGAAUACAGCGCCCUGCUGGAUGCCGCCAGCUGCAGCCCCGACCCCUGCGAGCGCCUGGUGUAUGUGGCUGCCUUUGCUGUGUCUGCCUAUGCCUCCACGUACCAUCGUGCUGGCAGCAAACCUUUCAACCCUGUCCUGGGUGAGACAUACGAGUGUGUGCGGCCAGACAAAGGCUUCCGCUUCAUCAGCGAGCAGGUCUGUCACCACCCACCCAUCUCUGCCUGUCAUGCUGAGUCAGACAACUUCAUCUUCUGGCAAGACAUGAAGUGGAAAAACAAAUUCUGGGGCAAGUCCCUGGAGAUCAUUCCUGUGGGGACCGUGAAUGUCCAGCUGCCCAAGUUUGGGGAUCACUUUGAGUGGAACAAGGUUACAUCCUGCAUCCACAACAUCCUGAGUGGCCAGCGCUGGAUCGAGCACUAUGGUGAGGUCCUCAUCCGCAACACAAAAGACAGCACCUACCACUGCAAGAUCACCUUCUGCAAGGCCAGAUACUGGGGCUCCAAUGUCAACGAGGUCCAGGGAGCUGUGUUCAGCCCCAGCGGAAAGGUGAUCCACCGCCUCUUUGGCAAGUGGCAUGAGGGGCUGUUCCGUGGCACACCCCCCACCGGCCAGUGCAUCUGGAAACCCAACCCCAUGCCCCGGGAGUAUGAGAAGAACUAUGGCUUCACGCAGUUCGCCUUGGAGCUUAACGAGUUGACGCCAGAGCUCAAACGCUUCCUGCCUUCCACGGACACACGGCUGCGCCCUGACCAGCGGUACCUAGAAGAGGGGAAUGUGCAAGCAGCAGAGUCCCAAAAGCGCCGAAUUGAGCAGCUACAGAGAGACCGACGCAGGGUGAUGGAGGAGAACAACAUCAUCCACCAGGCACGCUUCUUCAGGCGGCAGACAGAUUCCAGUGGCAAGGAGUUGUGGGUCAGCAACGGCUCCUACUGGAAGCUGCGGCUGGAUCCUGGCUACACCAACUUGGACAGUGCUGUCCUGUGGUAGCCAGCGGUUUCCUGAGGAGCCACCGUGGUCUCUGUGUCCUCUUCUCCCAAACCUGGGUGUGCAGGGACCUGCUGGCAGGGCCUGAGGAACAUCCCUGAGGAAAACGAAGCACCAGGUCCCAGCAUCUCCCUGCCCUCCAACUGGGAUUCCCUGGGAUUUUACUGGGCCUCAGCAGCACUCGCCACUGGACGAUGAAAGGUGUCCCAGCCCUUCCCAGGUCAACCCGCUGCCUGUACCAUCAUCACUGCUGUCUGCUGGCCAGGCAGUGCCCUCACUACUGUGGGCUGGCCUUUGACAGUGGACUGUCAAAAGUACUGACUAGUUGCACUUAGCACUGCCCUUCACACCCCCACCUACCUCCCCUCCAGCCAGGGGACACCAGGAGGGUGGGGUAAGGGCAGCUUUCCCUUUCCCCCAUUAUUUGUAUUAAUUUCAAUCAGCCUCAAAAAAGGGGGUAGAAUAUGCCCCAACCCCUUGCCUUGGCACCUUGGGAGAACAGGGUCUGAGAGGUGUUUGCAAAGAAAAGGCACUAUCCUGGGGGUAGCACUUGUAUGACCACAAGGAGGAACCACUCACCAGCCCCCAGGAUGGACCUGGUGCCCUGUCUUAAUGCUGCGGUUCCCCAGGGAGAUCAACGAGCAGAGUUGGCUAUGCUACCUCUUUGCUGCUGCCUGGUCCCCACUCCCAAGGAAGGGAAGCAUUGCGGUAGUUGGGAGAAGGCGGGGGAUUCAUGGCUGCUUUGGCCUCUCUUGGUGCUUGUCUUCACUACUGAGAUUACUCAAGUCCUGUCUGCAGCUCCAUGCCCGUCCCUCAUGUCUGGGCAGGGGUGGAGGGUAACUUGAGCUUCCUCUGGGGGGACAGGGAGCAGGGUGGAUGCACCACUGUGUAACCACACCCUGCAUUCACUGACACUUGUGGGCAGCAUCCUAGUACCAGGAGCCUGGCCCUGGCACUGCCUGGCUGCUGGGAGCAGGGCUGCUGGUGGAUGGCAGUGUGGCUUCUGCAGCAGGCCCAAGCCUCUCACUCCUGUGGUGUCCCCUCAAUGAGCCAUGUCCAAGAGGGGACCAAGGUGGCUACCUAAGCGUGUGUGACUGGUCAGCUGCUGCUCUGGCCUGGUGGGCACUAGCUCUCCUGGAAUCUGCCACCCACCCUGGAGCCAGGUUCCCAUCAGCAUCUUGUGGGGGGGGUGUCCCUUUGGUCCCACAGGGCCCAAGGACCUGUUGGUUUCCCAGUGCCUUCUGUCACUCCGUGUGAGGGAAUGUGCCAGUGACCAGGAUGCUGAGGGACUGCUGUUACAAGGGGAACAACCCCUUCAUUCUCUCCCUUGGUGUAGGGCUGGCUCUGGUUCUCUCCUACCCUAUGGAGCUCCUUCAACCCCCCACCUUGGGGAGGACCUGGCCCUGUUCCUGUACCCCUCCUGCACACUAACACUGCAGCCUGGCCACCCUUGAGUGAAGCAAUAAAGUAGCCCUUUCUUCUCCCCCAACAGGCUUUUGGGGCUGGCUAGCAUCAGGGUCGUUUUGUACCCACAGCACCAGGGCCCUGGGGAGUUGUGGGGAAAUAAGGUAAUGGCCUGCCAGAAUGAGGGCUGCUUUGGUGAUCACUCUGGGAUCACCAUGGGGCAGCUCAGGGGCUUGGAGAACCCAGGAGAGGAACGAAGCACUAGUGCUGGUGGGAGGACACGGGGAGAUGGUGCCUGAUAGAGCAGGAGAGCCUGGGAUUCAGCACUUCUGAAGUCAGUGGCUAGUCCAGUGACUUCCCCAGCUGGGAGAUGGGUAGUGCUUAUGGCUUGCCCCCCAUCUACAUGCCUGGCUAAUGACAGCCUUUAGGGUCAGGCAGUGUGGUGUCAGGGGCUGGCACAUUCCCCACCACCUGGAGCAUUUGUUUCUUUGGGUCCCUGAAUGGGGUUUGGGGGUCCUGGUUCCCCAAGCUCCAUUCUCUCCCUGGUGUUUGGGGCUAGAAGCAGGUGGCAAAGAACCCUUGUGGGAUUUUUCCCUCAGCAGCAGCUCAGGCCAGUCCCUGUCUGUUAGCCACAGCCCUUAGAGCAGGGGUGAGCACUGGUUUCCCCAUCUGCCUUCACGUGCACUCUGUCUCCUUUCAUGCCCUCCCUAGCAGGAGAGAGAGGGCCAUGCCUGUUGGUUUGGGCACUGGGGCUUUGUGGGGCUGGCCUGCAGGCAGGCAGACCCCUCUGCCCACCCCCAACAUGCACCCCCAGGCCCAUCUGUGUCGAUGGAUUUGGCCGUUGUCUGCGUGAUGCGCCCCUCACGCUGUGAUCAAACAUUCCACGUUCUCCAAUAAAGGACCCAGGAGAGUCUGGUGUGUCUGGAGAGUCUGCCUUUUUCAUUCACAACCCCCUAUCCUGCCUACCUUGCUGUGGUGCCUAGGAAAUGAUCCUUCUGGUCCCCUCAGUGGCUUGGGUCCACAUGAUCUUUCAUGCCUUAGAGUGUGCCCUAGGCUUCACACAGCUGGGUGCAGGGGCUGGCACACAGGGGCCCUGGUUUGUGUCCUGAGGUCAAGGAGGGGAGUGGAAAUAGGGGGAAGAGUGAUGAGAGGGGGAUAAGGCAGCAACGAGAGCCAAGAGGGCUGAAGGGUUACAGCAUCUUCCUGCAGUGCCAGGAGCAUGAGUGAAAGCCUUCUCCAGACUUGAACCAAAGACUACACCCUGCCAUCAACCCUGUGGCCACCCCCAAGACAGCCAACUGCAAGUGGUACCUGCUUGUUCCAGCAGAGGUGUUGGAGAUAGGCAGAUGUGAUGCUGGUCACUGCUCCCUUGCAUGCUUUUGGUUAUAGAACAGGGCCUGCCCGGAUGGAUUUUGAACCCGGCUUGGAGCCAGGACACUAGGUUUUGUGCCCUGCUUGGGGAGGGGGAUGGGAAUGAAGGUUAGUGAUUAGAGGACUCACAGGGGAAGCUGGGGCCCAUCUUAGCUUUCCUGGCCUAUCCCUUCCCUGCUCUGUGCCUCAGUUCUCUUGGGGAGGGCCUUGUGAGCCUCAGUGGGGAAGGACUCCCAGGUCACACAUGGCAAAGUUUUGUGCAUCAUGCACCACUGUGGGCAUAAGCAUACAUGGUUGCAACACAGGUAAACUGCUGAGGCCAGGUGGGGACAGGCUUGUGUGAGGUGUGCUCCCUGCAACCCAACUAUUGGCACAGCCUGAAACACUCUGACCAGAGGGGCUCCAUGAUGUCUGCCACCUCUGCCACACAGCCAUGGCCGUGCUUUGCACCAGAUAUGUGCUUGUAAAUGACUACUGAUUGUGACACUCAGCACAUGCUUUGCCUACAGGCCUGCAUGCAUGUGUUUGCACAUGUCUCUGCCUACAGGUAUACUCCAGCAGUAGUCACAAACAGUUUCCACCCCCAGCGCACACUCUGUCUCCCCCAUACUCAUCUAUGCUAGGUAUAAAUAGGCAUAUGCACACACAUGCAUUUGUGCGUGCACACACAUGCUGUCCUAUACUAGCCCCCAUACACACACGCACACUUCUACACUAGCCUCUCCUCCUCUCCCUCCCCCCCCCCCCCCCCCCCCCCCCCCCCCGCUGUUUUGUGCUGUUUCUGACACUGGCAGCAUGUACUUGGCCCCCACCAAUGCACUGAAUUAGCCACAGCUUUACACUUUAUUUAAAGAAAUUAAGCAAAACGAAAACAACAAAAAAAACCCACAUGGAACCUGUACAUAAUUUUCAAUAAAUAUUUUCAAAAGUAAAAUUUCCUUUCUUUAAAAAAAAAAAAAAAAUCGACUAACCACCCAAACACUGAGGACCGUCACGGUUCUACACCUACACUUUUUUUUUUUCCUCCUUGGGUUUUUUUGUUGUUGUUGCUGUUUUUUAUUUUUUGGAGUGUAAACAGUU